GGUAGACUUGGGGGGGGUUAAGUCCCUUACAAGCUGUUUUGUGACUGAGUUGGACUAUUAAUACAUUGUUACAGGACACACACAGACAUGGAUGUGUUUACAGGCUUUCACUGAGCUGCUCUGAAGAGACAAGGAGGGCAACAAGAGGAUUACACGUCCUGCUUUCUGACUGACAAAUAACCUUGGAGUGGCUGGAAAAAGUCACAGCAAGCUGCAAGAGAUACUUUUAUAGGAUUUAAAGAGAAGAGGACAGAACAUCUCGACGCAGGCAAUAAAAUUAAAUAUGUCAGGAUAGAAUCUCCGUUUGCCCUAUAGCAAUUCACAAUUUGAUCAAUUAGAGUGACUAAAUAGAAUUACUAUGAUGUCCAACCUGCAUCCAGCAAGCUGUAUACCCCAACUAAAGAAAGGGAGGGAGUGGAUCUUGCUUUUUGUUGUCUGUCUUUGUGCAUGUGCUGGAAGUGGUAUUCCAGGUUCAGACUACAACCCCCACCCUCGCUUCAUUUGUACCCCCAUACCGGCAGAUGCUGAUCCCGGAUGUUUCUCCACAGCGGGCGGACCAAGUGGCCCCAUGACUGGACACCACAGUGGACCAAACGGGAACAGCAACGGCUGGUUUGGUAUAUCUGAAGAAGCGAAAACCACAAUCCUGCACCUGCGGGAGAGUUUGGUGCAGCAGAAGGAAACCAUCCUGGACCAAAGGGAGACUAUCAGAGAGCUUACUGCCAAACUGAACCUGUGCGAGGGCUUUAACCGACGCACGGGCAACCUCGACGAACACCCACAUCACACACCUGCGCAUCUGGCCCACCACACCCACCUUCCAACCCCUGAGAAAGCUCACCUCGGGUGGACAGGGCCUGACAGUCACCAUGGCAACCACGGACUGGAGCUGGGUCAUUAUGGGGAUGGUGUUGGUGGGCAUCGUCGUGGGAAAGCCGCCCUGAGCGAGAAGCAUGUCACUGGGGAAAUGACCCCUUCAACCUCAUCCACGCCAGAGCAGAUGAGCAGGAUGCUGCAGACCCUGAAGGAACGGCUGGAGAAUUUGCAGACAAGAAACAUCUCCACCACUUACUCUAGUUCACUGAAGGAUCUUCUCCAAAGGAAAAUCAGCGCCCUUGAACAGCAGAUACAACAUCAUCCUGUAUCACUAACCAAUCACAGUGACGAUGAUGAUGAUGGUGAUCACCAUGGCCAUGAUCACUAUGACGGCCAUCAUGAGGACCAUGAUGAGGACGAAGACCACAGCGAUCACGAAGACCACAGCAAUCACGAAGACCACAGUGAUCACGAUGACCACAGCGAUCACACUGAUGCUCAUGAUGACAGCCACCACGAUAAUCACCAUGAUGAUGAUCACCAUGACGAUAGCCAUGAUGACAGCCACCAUGAUGACGACAAACAUGAUAAUGGGCAUCAAGACAACGGCCAUUAUGACAAUGAGGUUCCUAGACAUGGCUUUGAGAGGUUGCCGCAUCACUCACAGGGACACAGACAAGCAUCGAAUGGAGUGCACAGCAAGUUGGAUGCAGUACUAAAUCAUCUACAGCACAGGCUUGCUGACACAGGCUCUAGAAAGAACAGCAAAGCCAAAGAAGCUUUCCAGAUCAGCUUCCCCAUGCGAACAAACUACAUGUAUGGCCGUGUAAAGCGUACUCUGCUGCAUGAGGUCUUUUCCUUCACGUUGUGUCUGUGGAUCAAGGCUGGAAUCGGGCCUGGACUUGGUACGCCGUUUUCCUACUCCGUCCCUGGUCAGGCCAAUGAGCUGGUGCUCAUAGAGUGGGGCAACAACCCGAUGGAGCUGCUGGUUGAUGACAGAGCUGUCACUUUACCCCUCUCUCUGAAUGAUGGUAAAUGGCACCAUGUAUGUGUUACAUGGUCAACUCGGGAUGGCCUGUGGGAGGCCUACCAAGAUGGAGUGAAGAGAGGCUCAGGGGAAAAUCUCUCACCCUGGCACCCCAUAAAACCUGGAGGGGUAUUUAUACUGGGACAGGAACAGGACACACUGGGAGGUCGUUUUGAUGCUACACAGGCAUUUGUUGGUGAAAUCUCCGAUGUGCAGAUGUGGUCCCAUGUUCUCACUCCCCAUGAUGUCUACAACCUGGCUUCUUGUGGUGGCCAUAACACUGGUGACAUUAUCGCCUGGUCGGAGUCGAUAGUGGAAUUGCAUGGAGGAGUCACUAAAUACCCCUUUGACCCCUGUCACUAAAGCUGAGAUGCAAAAGAACAUGUAUUUGUGGGCACUGAAUUGCAAAAUGUAAUUUAGAUCUACAGCUUAUUUUGAAGAACUUCAAUGACUUGAAACCUACUUUUAAUGCAAAACUCCACAACAAUAAAAUGCAUUGCCUUCUGUUUAUAUGAGAAACAAAUGACUCCAUGACCUUUACAAUUUCAAGUUUUGUGUUGCGUUGUAACCAUUAAAGUAGAUAUUCUUUUCUUACUGAACUUUUUUUUACUUAAAUGGCACUUUUUUGCAAGUUCAUGACAUUGUCAUAACUUGGAUAUAUGUAAACACAGAUCAUAAAUAGUGUGUGAAACCAGGUUAAAACGUUAAUGUAUAAAAUAAAUCUGAAAGAGUAUGGAUUCUUUUUCUGUAAGAAGAAUCUACAAAAUACAGCAAUACCAAAGAGGAGAUACACAUCUGUAGAGAAUCUCACGGCAAAAACGUAACUAUUUUACGAGGUGGCCAAUUCGUGUAAAUUCGUACGAUCUCAUUCGUACAUAUUAUGAUUUGCUUUCGCGCCAGAGACCUUGGGUUUAGCGUCAGGGCUUCAGUAUUACUUUUUUCUAGUAAUCACACGUUUUUGUAUGAUUCACAGUGUACGAAUUCAGAAGAACUUGCCACCUCGUAAAAUAGUUACAAAUACCUGUGAGAUGAGGUAGGCUUUUUCUUAGGCGUGAUCCAUAUGUUAAAAUGUGUAUGCAGAUCUGGACCUUUGACUAUAAUAUCGUAUUUUGUUAUACUUUUGAUAUAUUUUCAGUUUUAGAUUAGGUGUUGAUUAGCAGUUUGCCUCAGUUUAUUAUCUGUUUGUCUUGACACCUGUAAUUGUAUUAUUCAUCCAAAAGACUUAUUUCCAUUGUAAUUUUUGUGCACCUUAAAAUUUACUAUUAACCGUUUUAUAUGCAGAAAUCCAA